GGACCGGCUGGGCCGGCUUCGCCCGCCCUGAACCCACCGCCUGCCCCGCCACCAGGGCCGCGGGAACCCGUCAUCAGCCUAAUCCACGGGAAGGAAGCAUGGAGAGCAGAUGUGAAGUCAGACCUGGUUUUAAAUCCUGGCCCUGCUACUCCCAGCUUUGUGACCUUACAAGAAUGGCUAAAUGAGGUGUGGUAUCGCCCCUGCAAUGGAAUAAUACACAACAACAUAAAGAAACUGCGGAGAGACGGAUGCAACAACAUGAAUGAAUCUGACAUGCUGUUGAGUGAAAGAAGCCAGGCGCAAAGAAUAGGCAUCCUGUCUCCCAUCCUCCUGUCUGCGUGCACUCCUAGCAUGAUGUUCCUUAGGCUGGGGUCUUGGAACGCUGGCAUUGACUCCCUGUUGAAAACUCCUGCCUUUUCCCCAGACCUCACAGCAGCCCGAAGCCUCUCCUCUUUCUGGUCUCCUGAUAACAGGACUGUAGAGUGUCUGGAACUGAGGCUCCCUACGAACUCAGGAAAUGCAGGCACUCCGGGCGAAUGCGAGGGAAGCACUGGGAAGUCACAGAGUGAGGGACAAGGACAGAGAUUCAGACAUCAAGACCCCAGCCCUCACAGCUCCCUGGCUAAUGAGUCAAGCAGUGAUCGGUGUCAGGCCCACAGUAGGGACUCAACCAUGCAGGAAGAGUGGGAAUGUACUGCAGAGCUCCUGCCCGGGGGGCCGCCACAUCAUCCAUUCAGAGUUUAUGGAGUACUCCCUGCCUGGCAGAGCUGUAAGAGCCAGCAUCUGAGGAUAAAAAUGUCCCUGAAGGCGGAGCGACAGCCGCUGGAGGGCAGCGGAGGCGGCGCGGCCCGUCCUUUCCUCGCCAUGAGGCCGCAGCAGGCGCCAGUGUCCGGGAAGGUUUUCAUUCAGCGAGACUACAGCAGUGGCGCCCGCUGCCACUUCCAGACCAAGUUCCCCGCGGAGCUGGAGAACCGGAUUGACAGGCAACAAUUUGAAGAAACACUUCGAACUCUAAAUAACCUUUAUGCUGAAGCAGAGAAGCUCGGGGGCCAGUCCUAUCUUGAAGGCUGCCUGGCUUGUCUGAUAGCGUACACCAUCUUCUUGUGCAUGGAAACUCGCUACUAGAAGGUUCUGAAGAAAGUCUCCAAAUACAUUCAAGAGCAGAAUGAGAAGAUCUGUGCUCCCCAAGGCCUCCUCCUGACAGAUCCCAUCGAGAGAGGACUUCGAGUUAUUGAAAUUACUAUUUAUGGAGACAGAGGCAUGAGCAGUGGAAGAUAAACCAUAGAAUUAAAGGCCCACCUCCAGCUGGGACCCUCAUCUGUCCACCGGCCGACCGCAGAGUGUCCCCCACCUCCUCUCCAGAACAUCAUUCCUUUGUAUCUGCUGCCAGAUCCACGGUGCCAUUCGCUCCAAGGACUGACUUUCUAGAAUUCCACACGUGGAGUGACCUCUCGUCGCUCAGCAUCCGCUUUGUGUCUCCAAAUUGUGGAGGACUCUGUAAUCUUUUGAUUAGUUUUUGAGAAAACGCAAUGAAGCAUAUCACUUUUUAAUUCAAAGCCAUUAAUAAAAUAUGCAGUUGGUGAGCCCAACGCAGGUUAUUUCUUACCUGCCACCAGUGUCAGUGGUUCUCGUCAUUCCUUGGGUUUCAGCAAGUCGUAAACUAGCCAGUGCUCAGUCUUACCACCCCCCCAAAUUCAUAAAACGCUUUUCUCCAGGAUUUUGGUGAAGGGUGGGCUGUGUCUGGUUUUGCUAAUGCAUCUCCCAGAUUUCAGAGAAUUACCAGUUUUGCCAUGACUCAAAGCUUAAAGAUCAAGUUCUGCCAUUCAGAUUCUCAAACUGAAGCUCAUU